AUUGUAUAAAGGCAGUGACAAACUCAGAGCUUAAGUGAGAGGUGCACAUCUGAAGGUGAACUAAUCAAAGUGCGAGCUGAGAGAAAGCAGUAUUCACAUCACAGCUAAGGGCAGCUACACAAGUCAAACCCAGAUACGUUUUAUGUAACAGAGAUUAAAAAUGCUUCUGCUAGUUCUGAUACAGCUCCUGCUCAUCGCAUCAGCAAAUGCUCAGAUUUCAUCAACUGCAGAAGCCACAACUGCAGCAGCUACGACCGCCGUAGCCACCACAGCCGCAGCUACGACUGCAAUAGCCACGACGGCCGCAGCCACCACCGCAGCCACAACGGCCGCAGCCACCACCGCCGCAGCCACGACGGCCGCAGCCACGACGGCCGCAGCCACCACCGCCGCAGCCACGACGGCCGCAGCCACGACGGCCGCAGCCACCACCGCCGCAGCCACGACCGCAGUAGCCACGACCGCCGCAGCUACAACUGCCGUAGCAACGAAGACAGCAGCGAUAACGACAAACACCACUGCCACUAACACUGCUGCUGCACAUGCUGGGAUCACGUACAUGAGCAGUCUGGUUGUGUGUCACUUCAGUGUCAUUCUCUACAAGUUCCCAUUUGCACUGUAACUUGGUUGUGUUGCCUUUAUCUAUUUUUACAGAAUACAGUCAUUUAUGUUAAUAUAUAACCUAAUGGCCAUGUUAUGAAGCGCUCGUGUUGAUAGGUUUAGAAAAUCUAGAUGAUUCAGUGUGUUAAAAUGUUAAUAAUAAAUGUUUAGUAGA